CUUUUUCUUUUAUUAAUACAUGGUUAACAUUAUACGUUAUAGGAUCACGUGACGCAUUCACUGAUCUGUUCCUUCUUUUCGGUCCCAAGGAUCAGCCAAUAAAGAUGUCCGACAUUGACUGUCUGAAUGCCCGAGUGGAGAAGCUGCUGUGUGAAGCGGUGCAGGAGGUUCUGGAGGUGGUGAAGGAGACGGUGUCAGAGUACCAGGAGAAAACUGCCAGAACACAGAGAGAGAACCAGAGUCUGAAGAGAAAGCUGCAGGAGCUCCAGGAGAAGUUACACCUGGAAAGCAAUGGAACAGUGGCACAACUUUCCCAUAGGCCUCUGAUCGAGCAGAGACAGAAAGAGAAGUUGGGAGAGGACUUUGAACUCAUCACAUCUGAUAAGGACAUUGCUGUAAUCUCUCCUUCGUAUUCCUUUGAAGACAUUGACAGUGAAGCAUCCAUCACAUCGUUCGCCGCUCCAUGUCUCUCCCCUGGAGCCAAGACACACACACAUUUAGGUGGUGACGACCUGAACAAUUUAAGAGCUCUUCUAACAGAAACUAAUAAUAGACUGGCAAUUUCAAACCAUGUAGAUCUUAGUGAAAACCAACACAAAAUGAAAAGAGAGCCUACAUCGGAUGAAGACGGCAUACACACCACAAAUUGCUUUUAUGAUGAUGCAGGUACAAGCACUGCAUCCUCACACAGACUAAAUUCAGAACAUCCUCAAGGCCAUUCAGUCUCCAGUUUGGAGCAAAAUGGCACAUCAGAGCCACCAUCCCAAAGAGACGACAAUACAAACAGUGUUAGUGCAAAAAAACAACACACCAAUCACACAAUAGCUGUCGCUUCAGGCUCAAGAGUGUUCCAGAGAAAUGACAGAAAACAUUACUCCUGCUUGCUCUGUGGUCGCACGUUCAGACACGCGGGUGACUACAAGAAACACAACAGGGUGCACACGGGGGAGAAGCCGUACUGCUGCUCGGUGUGCGGGAAACGCUUUAGUCAGUCCGGCUACCUGACCGUGCAUCAGCGCUUCCACACAGGAGAGAAGCCAUUCGCCUGCACUCACUGUGACAAAAGCUUUAGUCACUCUAGUAACCUGAAGAAACACCAGCAAACUCAUCUGUGAGGCUGCUAUUGCCAGACUUUCUUCAAACAUAUAUUAUAAUUUAGAGCUGGACAAUAAAAAGGCUGCGUCUCUGUUAGGUAUAGAAAAUGAUAGAACAUGCACAUGCUUGAUUCCCAAAGUGUGAAGGUAUGGUCUGUGGUGAUAUAAUAAGCAGAUUUCAAUCUGACUGUCUUUAGAAAGUGUGUUAAAUAGAAAUAUGUGUUUGCCUCCUUUACAAAGACAACUAUCUUAUUGUUGUACAAUAGGGCCUAUAUGUCAACUUUGAAGUAUCAAACACACUUUCUUAUUUCCUACAAUUCCUGCCAUGCUGCUGUUUGUCUCAUUUCCAAAUCAAAUGCAAGUAUGGUUCUUCUUGGUGAAGUGUUGUGUAUUGCCAACACAAUUACUUGAAAAAUCUGAAUCCCUCAAGUAAAACCAAACAUUGUUAACCUAAAAACUAGAUUUAGCAUGCUAGCAAGCUACUGAUGUUUAUUGUUUACAGUCAUAUUACUGUAAUGUAAUGUACAGUUUAGUUUGCUCUACUUCAACAUGUUGUUCUCAGGUUUUGUUGUGACUGUAGGAGUGCUUUUUUAAAUGUUUAUACUUGUUUUACUGGCUGUAUGAUCGACAAUAAAGAUUUUUAUCUGA